UACACAUUUGACUCAACUGAAGGAAUUUAGCUAGUUCACUAGUUUGCUUGGACAGCGGAGGGUCAGACACAGGAGGCUUUCAAACUUGGAAUCGUUUCUAUACCAGAUAUCAAGAGGAAAGUCCCCCCAUCUGUUUUUCAAAGAGGAACUAGCUAGCUAGCAAGCUGCCGAAGGGUUUUACUUGCUUUGCUAGCUAUCUAGCUAGCUAAAUAUCACCAUCCAAGAAAAGGGGAAACUUUUACAGUAACACGAUGUUAAGACAGCCCCAGAGCACCGCCGUGACUGGAACCGGAGGAGGAGAAACCAACAUCAACAUGGAUGACAUGACGGUGGAGGACAUCGCCUUGAGGGCCAACCAGGUGACGGAUGAGUCCCUGGAAAGCACCAGGAGAAUGCUCCAGCUGGCCGAGGAGAGCCGACAGACAGGGGUGAACACCAUCACCAUGCUGGAUGAGCAGGGAGAACAACUGCAGCGGGUGGAGGAGGGCAUGGACAAGAUCAACGAGGACAUGAAGCAGGCGGAGAGGAACCUGACUGACCUGUCCAAGUGCUGCGGCAUGUGCGUGUGCCCCUGCGACAGGGUGAAGUCCAUCGAGCACGACGGGCGCUACAAGCGCACCUGGGGCACGGGCAGCGAAAACGCCAGCGCCGGAGGCGGGCAGGACGGGGUGGUGUCCAGCCAGCCCUCCGGCAUCCGAAACGGCCAGGCGGGCGCCCAGGCCCAGGCCGCCCCCUCCGGGGCCUUCAUAAAGAGGAUCACCAACGACGCCCGGGAGGACGAGAUGGAGGAGAACCUGGGUCAGGUGGAGGGCAUCAUCGGCAACCUGAAGUCCAUGGCCAUGGACAUGGGCAACGAGAUCGACAAGCAGAACAUCACCAUCGACCGCAUCACCGACAAGGCCGACAUGAACAAGGCGCGGAUCGACGAGGCCAACCAGAGAGCCAACAAGCUCAUCAAAUAGAGAGGGCCGUGCCACAGCCCCUCCCCUCUGCAGUGCUCUCUUCCCCUCCUACCAUCCCUCCUUCCUCUCCUCCCAUCCCUCCUUUCUCCCCGCCCGUCUUCCUCUGACAAUCAGUGAGGGCUGUAAACCAACCAAUGGAAGACAACGAUGCUGUUUUCACGUUAAAAAAAGUCCUUCGUCGCAAAUCAAUGUCUUCCUCACUGCUAUUUGUAGCUGAAGGCGCAGGUCUGUCUGUCAGUCAGUCUUGUUUUCUUAGUUCUUAGAGGUUUGGUUAAGGACUUCAGGCUAAUUUGUGAUGUGCAGUAUGUAUAAUUGUCAGUGGUUAAUCACUGUUUGCCAACAUACACAUUGAAGUGCAGUUUCUGCUCUAGUAAAUUAAAACGCAGUAAAGUGUAAGAAAGUCAUUGAAACAACAAGCCGUUUCUUAUAAUGUCAUUCUGUACUGUCCUUGUCGUUCACCAUCUAGUGGCCUAGCAGUGAAACAACAGUAUCUAACUCUUGUAUUUAGUAAUUGUUAACUAAUAUUUAGUAAUAUGUAACAGACCAAUACUAAAUUUCGUAAUUGGCUCGGCAGGUAAUUUUUUUUUCUUGUAUCUAAAACUGUCAUUUCAUGAUGGUGUUCAUCUACAUUAUAUUCAUUUUAUAUCCGUAUACUGUAUGAAUGAACCAUGACAAAAACAUAAGCCUUUUAAAAAAAACAUUUUUUUGUGAUUUUUUUUUUUUUUUUUUUUUUUAAUUCAAUUUUAAACCGAAAAAUGUCCGAUCUCCGGCCGUAAGUAUGAGUUUCGAUGGCGGAACUGGUCCCCCGUCCCGACGGCACGCUGUGUGGGGUCAGCCCGGGCUCGCGGGUGAGGUAAAAUAUCUCGCCGUUCCGCCGUGAACUGCAGAGCGGCCGGGAUUGUGUGGCGGCUACGGCGAAGCUUCGCUCUUCGACACGGGUGUAGGUCUCCGUUGGGACGGGUGCAGGUCUCCGCUGGGACGGGUGCAGGUCUCCGUUGGGACGGGUGCAGGUCCCCGUUGGGACGGGUGCAGGUCUCCGCUGGGACGGGUGCUGUCCUCCGCUUUUCUGACCCCUGUGCGUGCCUUUUUCGAAGACCCGUUUCCCUCAGGACUGGAUCCUCUGUACUGUACUCCGGACUGAGGCCGGCCUCUUCUCCUCACAGGGACCCGAUUUCCUGGGCGUAACCGCGGUAACGUCCAACGCAGCUUUAGGAUUCGCCCUCUUUGUUUUUCCGUCGGUGAUGGUAGUUGUAGUUCUUCCUCGUCUGGCCUGUGCCACUGGCUGACAGACAUGCUGUAGUUCCUGCCUGACUUCUGACUCUUAACGACUUAAGCGUUUUUGUCUUGUUUGAAUCUAAAACUUUAUUGUCGGUAAACGAAAGUGCCUCUCGCAGCCUUUUCUUUCGAGCACCAGGUUUGAAGCUGAAGCAUUGCAGGACCACGCCCACUGUUUGAUACAGGAAGCUGUGUUGUAAUAGCUGUGUAUCAGCGAGAGGGGGGGUGUGUCUGUCUGCCCCCUUAAUCGCCAUGGCAACCGGAGCUGCAACUUGCCACAACUCAUGUUAUUUCAUGCUUGCGCGUGUGACGUCACUGCCCUAAUUAAAACUCCCAAGUCUGUUGGCUGCAGAUUGAAUGGAUUCAGUGCAGAGGUUGGGGUUCUGGGGGGGAGGGGGGGGAGGGGGGAAGGUGCCUCUGCGUUUAGGCCACACCCCUCAGUACUGCUGUCCUGCAGUGAUGAGUGUGUGGCAGCUGUCUGUCAAUUCAGUACUGCUGGUUUAAAGCCACGUAAUUUACACACAGAGCUUUUACUGCCUCCCACUGUUCACCAAUGGAAUGUGACGGCAAUGGCAGCAAGUCUUGAGUCACCUUAAAAUGGAGGAAGCCUGAGUCUGUCUCUAUUGUAGGAUGCUCAAACAUUUUUGCCGUUUUUUUUUGUAAAGAUUUUUUUCCCUCUUUUUUUGUUGUUGCUGUUUUAUUUAAUUUCUUCAUUUGAACUUAAGAAAGAAUAAUUAAUUGAAUUAAAAAGUGCCUUUAUUUCUCUUCAAAGUACACUAAAGCUUCUGCAGCCUUCUCUCUUAAGUGAAAUGUAUACUGGUAUAUUUGUAUUGUUUUAAUAAACUUCUAUCAGGCACC